ACCAUCAAUGACUUUUGCAAUUGAAACCAAUCAUUUAUCGUACAAGUUCCCCAAGGCCACUAGCUACGGCAUUGAGGAUGUGACGCUUCAGAUCCCGUGGGGCACAACGAACCUUGUGGUAGGCCCAAACGGAGCCGGGAAAUCCACUCUUCUUCGGAUCUUGGCAGGAAAAACCCUCAUCAAGCAAGGACAUUUGAAGCUUGGAGGGUUCGAUCCCUUUGAAUUUUCCAUCGACCGAAAUGCUAAGCGUAACAGCGACAUCAACAGCUACAUCACGUACCUUGGCAUCGAGUGGGCUUCGAACCCAGUCGUCAAGCGGGAAAUGCCUGUCAACUUGUUGAUUUCGUCCAUCGGAGGAGACACUUACACUGACCGUAGAGACGAGUUGAUUCGGAUUUUGGACAUCGAUCCCGAGUGGUUGAUGUCCAACAUUUCGGACGGAGAGAGAAGACGGGUUCAGCUUGUGAUUGGGCUUUUGAAGCCGUGGAAAUUGUUGCUUUUGGAUGAAGUUACGGUGGAUUUGGAUGUCAUUGCCCGAGACAACCUUUUGAAGUUCUUGAAGAAAGAGGUGAGUGAGCGCCAGGCGUGUGUGGUGUAUGCCACACACAUCUACGACGGGUUGAACCAGGCUUGGUGUGAUCGGUUGAUCCAUUUCAACAAGGGGUCGGUAAAGGAUGAUAUUGCUAUGGACAAGAUUCAGUUUGAGGAUGUUCAAAAGUUGAGGGUUUUGAACGGGGGCUAUACGGUACCCAUUUCCAGAUCGUUCCAUCCGUUGGUGUCACACUGGUUGGCGGAAGAUUUGGAGUCGAGGGGUUCCAGGGCUGAAGAUAGGGACCAAAUGGCGAAGAGGCAUAAUGACUGGCUGAAUAAGCGAGACGGCAGCUACUUCGACGGGAAGGACAAUGAUAUUGCGCUGUACUUCAAGUCCACCCGGUCAUGAGGUCAGGUUUGGGCAUUCAACAUUAUAUUCAACAUUACAUGACAUUCAACAUUGUACUAUAUUCAACAUUACAUGAUAUUCAACAUUGCAUUACAUUCAACAUUACAUUCAUAAUUAAAUUCAACAUUAUAUUAUAGGUUAUUCAUAUACAACCGUUGUAGAGGGGGGACUUUUGGCCCUUUCGGGCUGUCGUGUGGUUUCUAGUCCUUUUUUGCUACCGUGUGGGCUAGCCUGGUCCCUUCCUAUGCUCUUUUAUCAUAUCUCAUAAAUCUUCAAAGUGCAUCUCCAUCUCCCUGAACUCCCGAAUGGCCAUAUUCCGCUCCAUCUGCAUGCGGAGCUUCCAUCCCUCGUACUCAAUAGUCCACAUUACCGGGUCUUUCUCCAAAACUGAUUUGGUGUUUAUCUUCCUUCUGGUGGUGGACUGUCUCAAUGAAGGAGUAAUGGGUGAUUGGGCGGCUCUUUUGGCGCCGUUCUUUUGGGCAGAGUCAGGCCUCACGGUGGAGAUCGAUACUUUAUCCAUAUGCAACCCUGGUGACAUGUUGGCCUGGUUGGGAUUUGAUCUCAAUAUCUCCCCAGACAUGUUGUUUAUAUUUGAAAUUUCGCGUCGAUGCGCACAAUUACUGCAAAAAGAUAAAGAUGAGAAGGUGCAAACAGAAGCAGUAUAGAAAACGCAACACACUAGCUUCCCAGAGGCUAGUUAGUGUACAAUUUGGGAACCGCC